UCAGACGAGACGUAGAUGGGUAUAUUGAGAAGGUCAGAUUUCCAACGCGACAAAAGCCCAGAUGGGAGUAAGCGAUCGUAUCUGUAGUCGGGAAGAGCGUGUAGUGGGUAAAGACACCGAUGAGAUAGGUGUCUAAAUGGAAGAUGGAGGGGUUAACGAGAGACUGCAGAUGUAGAAGACACCCGAAGGGCACACACACGAUACAAUAUGGAGUGGGUAAGAGAAAGAGCGUAAGGAGGUGCGGGAUGGAGAUUAUUGAAAAAGGAUUGGAGAGGGCGAGAAGGGAAGGGAAGGGAAAGGUCAGUGAGUGGCAGUGGGGGGACGGGAAGGAAAGGAUUGGACUGAUCCGCUCUGCCUCUCCCUCUUUCUCUCGCUCACUCAGUAAUCAGUCACUUAUUCACUCACUCACUCACUCACUCACUCACUCACUCACUCACUCACUCACUCAUUUCACUGCAAUCCUUUGCACAACCGUCCGGCCGCUGAAAAGUCACCGGGGCGCCAGGCAAUCCAAAAUCACCAAUGGUGAACGCGCGCCCAGCCGUGGGCGCUCCCUAGUGUUGGCGCUAAUGAGGUCCACUGACCAGUCAGCGGGAGCGAUAUGAGACAGAUUGACCAGGGGGUUCACUAGAUUUUGGAACAUUUUGUGCAUUAUUAGCCCAUUGUGACUUUUGUGAGCAUUUUCAGGCGCCUGACUUCGGGGCAGUGUCUUUGUUUGGGGCUUCGGAGGGGGAGGUUGGGUCGGCAAUCCCACUUUUGAUUCGUGGUCUUUCCACCGGCACACCCGAACCUCCUUCAUCAAUGGGUCUCACUCAUACCCUAAGGCUGUUAGGAUUAUUAUCUGUCUAUCUGUCUCCAUAUC